AGAUCCUUUAAGUACAUUUGAAUAGUUCAGUCUGAGCAGAGGAAGUCUAUUAAGGUGGACUGUUUGACUUGUUAAAUUUUUGUCAAAGGCUGUUAGCCGUUCUGUGUGUGCCGAAGGAGCUGAGUGGGGCGUACAUGAUUGAGGUCAUGCAUCCAGCCAGAGUGUAAGAUGAUCCCUCUUUGCCAUCCCAUCAGGCAUCCUUUAGCAUGGGGACACGCUCGCACACACAUUCCUGUCAAGUCAUCCUGUGAAAGGCUGCUGGCUUCCAACUUGGCUUGAAUGUGCAACCUUAAUAAAACACACCGAGGUCUCCGAGAAAAACAACAGUGCAGCCGCAGCGAGGCUAGGAGAAAGAAGCUGGGGCUAUCCCUGGGCUGCUGACUAAGGCAGCCUGCAUGCUGCAGGGUAACAGAGAGGAAACGAUAGAUCUCAGCUACAAUGUCAUAAAUUGCUCCAGUGAAGGAUCAUCUCUCCCGAAACAGUGAUUUUUGGGGGAAAGCCACACAGCUCUCUGAACUGAGCCCUGCUCAUAUGACUUCAAAGACAAAACAGAGAAUUGUUUAAAGAGAAAAAGGAAGGGAGGAAAAAGUGUCUUUCAAAGCAGGAAAGAAGGGAGCUGAUAACAUGGCCCUUUUCCUUGGGUUCGCUUUCCUGGCUGCUCUGCUGGCUCACAUUGGCUGCAAUAACCAGCGCCGAGGUCCGGAGUCCAGUGCGAGAAGGUAUAACCGGAUUCAGCACGGCCAGUGCACCUACACGUUCAUCCUUCCAGAACAGGAUGGGAACUGUCGCGAAAGCACCACCGAGCAGUACAACACGAACGCUCUCCAAAGGGAUGCCCCCCACGUGGAACAGGAUUUCUCUUCCCAGAAACUGCAGCGCCUGGAGCAUGUGAUGGAGAAUUACACACAGUGGCUGCAAAAGCUUGAGAGCUACAUUGUGGAAAACAUGAAGUCAGAGAUGGCUCAGCUACAGCAGAAUGCUGUCCAGAACCACACAGCUACCAUGCUGGAGAUAGGAACCAGCCUUCUCAGCCAGACGGCAGAGCAGACGAGAAAACUCACAGAUGUCGAAACCCAGGUACUAAAUCAAACAUCCCGAUUAGAAAUUCAACUGCUGGAAAAUUCAUUAUCUACUUACAAGCUGGAGAAACAACUGCUCCAACAAACCCACGAAAUCUUGAAAAUUCAUGAGAAAAACAGUUUACUGGAUCACAAAAUACUUGAUAUGGAAGAAAGACACAAAGGGGAACUGGAUACUUUGAAGGAAGAAAAAGAGAACUUGCAAGGGCUGGUGUCGCGUCAAAGCUAUAUCAUUCAGGAAUUGGAAAGGCAGCUAAACAAGGCAACCACCAACAACAGUAUGCUUCAGAAACAGCAACUGGAGCUGAUGGACACAGUUCAUAGCUUGGUCAGCCUUUGUUCUAAAGAAGGAGUUCUCCUAAAGAAUACAAAAAAAGAAGAUGACAAGCCAUUCAGAGACUGUGCCGAUGCUUACCAAGCUGGUUUUAACAAAAGUGGCAUCUACACUAUUUAUAUUAAUAACAUAUCGGAGCCUAAAAAGGUCUUCUGCAAUAUGGAAAUUGCAGGGGGUGGCUGGACAGUUAUACAACACCGAGAAGAUGGGAGUCUAGACUUCCAAAAAACCUGGAAAGAAUACAAAAUGGGCUUUGGUAGUCCCUCGGGUGAAUAUUGGCUGGGAAAUGAGUUUAUCUUUACAAUAACCAGUCAAAGGCACUAUUCGCUAAGAAUUGAACUAAUGGAUUGGGAAGGAAAUCGGGCUUAUUCUCAAUAUGAUCGGUUUUACAUAGGAAAUGAAAAGCAGAAUUACAGGCUGUAUCUGAAGGGUCACUCAGGAACAGCAGGAAAGCAGAGCAGCCUUAUCUUGCAUGGGGCUGACUUCAGUACCAAAGAUGCAGACAACGACAACUGCAUGUGCAAGUGUGCCCUUAUGCUAACAGGAGGCUGGUGGUUUGAUGCCUGUGGGCCUUCCAAUCUCAAUGGAAUGUUCUACUCAGCUGGACAACACCAUGGAAAAAUAAAUGGAAUCAAAUGGCAUUACUUCAAAGGCCCCAGUUAUUCAUUACGGUCCACAGCUAUGAUGAUCCGGCCAUUAGACUUUUAAACCCACCGAACAGGUUCAAGAGCAAUAUGCAGUAGAGGUACCAAGUUCUGGAGAACUUCUUACAUAACCUUCAGAAACAGGAGAUAGAACUUCCUGAUAGCAUCAGACGGCUGCUAUACUCAGAUCUCAUGGCACAGAUUGCGGUGCAUGGUCACGUACUACCACCAAACACGUCAGGUGUGGAUCAAGUAGUGGCUGCUUUGCCUAUGAGAAGAGGGCUAUUCUGUGGACAACGUUGUGGUUCAGUUGCCACAAAUGACUCCAAUAUCUAUCAGUGGAGUCUCUCUUUUUUUACUUUGUUCAAAAGGCAUCAACAUUACCAGACUUACACAAAUACAAUAUGGAAAGCAUUGUUUUGUAAGGCAUAAAAUAAACCAUAAUCAAUGAAGGGAAAGAUGAUGUUCAACAAUGAAACUGGUGUGGAAUCUAUGCAAACGCACAAGUAUUUAUUUUUAAUUGGCAUACAUGCCUUAAAAAUGCAAAAGACAGCCACUGUGGCUUGCUGUCAGUAAAGAAAAAGUAGGUUGAUAACUUCUCCCUAUGUAAAAUCAAUAUGGUAUGUCAGGCAAUUUUUCAUUAAUCUCUUUUCAAAAAUGAAACAUGACUGCUAAUAAAGAGACGGUGAGUCAUCACAGAGAAUGAUAAGAACAGUAUUCAGAGAAUCGUCAGUUGCCCUACAUGGCCGGGGUGAAGUAAAAACAGGUAAUCUAGAUAAUUGGCAUAAUCCUUCAACUAGGAUUUAUAGCAAGAUAGCAAAAGAAAGCAAGGAUUUUUCUUUCUGACAGCUUCAGUUUUGCCCUGCAUCAAAACCAGUUGGAAUGUCACAUAUUUUUUAUAUAUAAGAUAUUAAAAAAGUUUUGAAGAAGGUGAAAUAGAGGUUAUUUUGCAUAUGGAAUUUUCUUUGAAAUACACAUACACAGAAAUAUGGUGUGUAAACAGACAGCAUAAACCACAUAUUUUAAUUGGUUUUGGUUCAUGUUAUAGUGCUCUUUUCUUUUUGCAUGUGCACAUUUUAGAGUUAAUUAUUUCUAAAUCGUUAUUAGUCCUUCAUUUCUUCUCUGUGUUGUUCACUUCUGAGUAAACCAGGCAAUUGCCAAUGUGAAAAAAAAGUGGGGAAGAUGGAUUAAUUAUCAUUUUGGAUUUCAAAUGCUGUAGCACUAUCCAGCCUUUAUUAAGCAGAAAUUAGUCCCACUGAGUCAGAUCAGUGGGACUUAAAAGGACUCACCUGGACUUAAUUUUUUACGUGUAACUACAGUAAAAAUGAACAGGGCUCUGCAUGACUCAACCUACUCCUAUGGAGCAACAAAAAACCAGGUUAUCUUAUUCAAGUGUUAAAUUUUUUGUUCCCCGCUUACCAAACCUCUCUAACAUAUGCACAACUAUAGUACAGUACACUUCUGAUGCACAGUAAGGUUGACUUUGGACAUAAAUUCGGCUCAAAGGUGAAAGUCCUCUAUAUGGUUCGGUUUGUGCAUGGACUUUGAUCUCUGUAAAUUAUGUCAUGUCAGAACUGAUCUUUUACACACACAGGAUGUUGUGUUACAUCAGAUCUUACUAUUGGCCUAUCUAGCCCAGUUUUGUCUAUUCGUAGUGGUUCUCCUGGGUAGGGAAAAGGACUCUGCUUGUGAUCUUUGUUUUUAAAAGGGGAUAAGAGAUAACAGGGAAUGGCACUGAGCCUUUGACAUGUGACGCAUGAGCUCUACUACUAAGGAAAGAACAAAUGCUGAUUAAAACUAAUUUCUGUGAUCGUAUAUUUCCUUUUUGGAGAGGAAAUAACAUGGAACUCAGUAGAUUCACCAAUAUAUUUGUGUGUGUGCAGACACCUGGCUCACACAUUAUGUGAUUUGUUCAAUGAGGUACCAAGUUUCACUUGUGCCUAAAUCUCCAUCAUGGGUGGGAGCUAUUGUGGGCUGAAUCACUCUCAUGUGUUCCCGUGCACUUUGAUUUCACCACAGACAUGAGUGGAGAAACCUAUGAGUCUAGGACUGAUUUGUGCUUGUCUGGCCCAUAGUCACCUCUGGUGGUAUGUAUGUCCUUGAGUGAGUGCACAUCAUCUGGCUGCACCUAGCAUGGAAACAUCUCAAAGUGGGAUUGGGUCCUUCAGUAAGCAUUAGAUUGGCAUGAUACUUAUGGGCUUUCCCAUAUAUUAACAGUAUUUGUAUGAGCAGGAACAUCUGAUAAGUGAACAUGCUUUCAGUGUCAGUGUCUCUGCAGAUCCAUGCUGUAUGGACAAUACAAUGGUUGUUCAUACUAAAGCCCAAAUACACAAAAAUUGCAUUCAUUGUUGACUAUUCCACAUGUGGCAUUUCAACUAUAUGUGAAGGUUUUGAUUUGGGAUUAAACAUACCCACUUAGAUACACUGCCAUGCGAAAGAUACUGUCUUUUUAUAUAUUAGCUGUAGUUUCUUUGCACGAGGUAAAAUUUAUGUCUUCCACAUCAAGAUUGUGGGUAAUGGUGAAUCUCAUUGUGGGAACUGUGAUGACAUUAGGCAUAUACAUUUACUGUCCCCGUCGAGGUCCAUUCUGCCCCAUCAUCUUUGAUCCUCACUGGCUUGAUUUUUCCAGAGAAACAGCCUGUACCAACUUUGUCUCUGAAACAAUCUCCUAUUAACAGCAUACUUUAGUAUGCAAUACCCCUGAAUAUGUCAGAAUCUUAUUUCUAAAUCCCUUAGCAAUUGAGCAGUAAGGUCUGAUGUCAAAUGGUAGGUUAAGGGCACUGGAGGCCCAGUGUGGUUUGUGGUUAAGAGUGGCAGACACUAAUCAAUCUGGAGAACUCGGUUUGAUUUCCCACUCCUCCACAUGAAACCUGCUGAGUGACCUUGGGCCAAUCACAGUUCUCUCUGAACUCUUUCAGCUCCACCUACCUCACAAGGUACCUGUUAUGGGGUGGGAGGAGGCAAUUGUAAGCUGCUUUGAGACUCCUUACAGAAAAGUGGGGUACAAAACCAACUCUUCUUCAUUUUUGGGUUAGGACAAUUCUACUUUCCAUUGGUGCAGUGGUAUUCUGUGCCAACAGUCUUAGAGCAGCAGGACCACUCAAUUAAUAUUUUAUAUCCUGAACCUGGAGCUGGCUCUACCAUAUAUUUCAGGGAUGUACAACUUCCUGCUUUAGCAGGAUCACAUUCUGGAUUCCCCAGGCAAGUAAGCUUUGGACCAUUCCACAGUUCCCAUCACAGUACAUUGUUCCUCUUCCAUUUAGUAAAAUGUCCUGCAUAAGCCUUGAAGUGGGAACAUGACUGGGUGCACCUAAUCUAUUAGUCUAAUUUUAAAUGAAAGGGUAUUGAUGAUGAUAUAAUGCUGUGUUUAACUGAAUAUGUGCCCUCUAAAUCCACAAUUAUGCAGCUUUCUUCCAUUUAUGGAAAUGAAACUUGCACAGAUUUUGUAACAAAAACAAGGAAGGAACAAGGGAACACCACAGGGUUUUUACAACAGUGACAGCCCAAUGUUUUCCAAGUUAAGUUCUUUGUAUUUAUAUUAUCAGUAUGUAUUCUUUUUCAUAAUCCUGCCUGAGAGGUUAAUUUGUUGUGUUCUGCUAGUAGAAUUAUCCAACAAUUCUUUGCUCAGCGGUUCCUGCAUACUGCAUACUGCAGCUUUGACGCUCUUUCCAGCAGUGUGUGUUUGUUUGCAAAAGCUGUGGUUCUUCUCAAAAGUUGUAAUUUUUAAAUGCCUCUAAAUCAGGAUGCUGGAUUGCCUCUAAAUCAGGCAAUAGCCUCUAAAUCAGGCAAUAGCAUUGUGCAGAUCAAAUUGCAAAAAAACAAAAAGGAAAAGAACAGAAAUAUCAAAAUACAAGUGUUAUAUGUACCCUUUAUUUAUCUUCGUUUGAGCAAAUGGGGACAUGGUUUCCUAUCCUUUAUAAUAAAACAUGUAAAAGACA